UUAUGCCGUUUUCUGCUGUAUAAACACACCUUCUCAUCCAAUCUCCACCAUUAACUCACCCUCUUUGAGCUCUAAAGAGAGAGAGAGAGCGAGACAUAGAGGGAGAGAGAAAUUGACCAUGCAGCCAAUUAAUAAUAGCUCAAGUCUUAGCAACAUGCAGCAACAAGACUACUUCCAGUUAAACCACUACUACAACAACUUAAACCCUACAACCGGUGUCAAUCUUAUCCAUUACCCUCAGAUUCAAGAACUGAAUCUACAAUCUCCGGCAAGCAACAACUCUACGACUUCUGAUGAAGCAACUGAAGAAAUCUUCAUCAUAAACGAGAGAAAGCAAAGACGUAUGGUAUCUAACAGAGAGUCAGCAAGAAGGUCAAGAAUGAGAAAGCAAAGACACUUAGAUGAGCUUCUCUCACAGGUUGCUUGGCUUCGAAGCGAGAACCACCAGCUUUUAGAUAAGCUUAACCAAGCCUCGGACAGCAACGAUCUCGUUCUUCGAGAGAACUUGAUUCUUAAAGAGGAAAACUUGGAGCUUCGUCAAGUUAUCACAUCUAUGAAGAAGCUUAGAGGAGCAGGAGGAGGAAGCACAAACAUCCAUGGAAGAUCUUGUUCUUCUUCCUUGGAUCAUGACUUGGAUCAAGACUUAAUUUCUUCUAUUUCAGAUGAUCCAAGAACUCAUCAUCCAUCAUGACUUGUUAAUUUGUUCUGAUCGAACUCUAAGUUUCGGCCUCUAAUCUAUCUACUUUCUUUUCUUUUCUUUUUUUUUUUGGUGUCCGCGAAAUUCCGCCCCUUAUAUAUGUUUUUGGGGCGGGUACAAAAGCGGAUUUUUAUGUAUUUUUUUCUCUGAGCUAGACUUGGAUCUAGCACUGCUGAAAAACAUUACUAUUUAACAGUUUCACUACGUACCAAAUUUUGAGUUUUCCCUUCUCAGCUGUUUGUGAUGGAUAUUGGAAGUUUUCUUCUCUGUUUUGAUUUGUAUAAACAGAAAAGAAGAUAAUUUGGGAGAU